GAAAGGCCAGAGGGAAUGCCAGCCAUACAGUCCCUCGAAGUGAUGUGCGGAAAGGAUCACAUGGACGUACACCUAUCGUUCUCCCAGCCCUUCGAGGGCAUCGUCUCGUCUAAGGGUCAACACGCCGACCCGCGAUGCGUCUACGUCCCGCCGUCCACCGGCCAGACUUUCUUCUCCUUUCGGAUAGCCUACGCGAGAUGCGGCACCAAACCAGACAUGCACGGCCAGUUCUAUGAGAACACCGUCGUCGUUCAAUACGACAAAGAUUUGCUAGAAGUCUGGGACGAGGCCAAACGAUUGCGAUGCGAAUGGUUCAACGAUUACGAAAAGACCGCUUCGAAACCGCCAAUGGUCAUCGCAGACCUCGACGUAAUACAAUUAGACUUCAGAGGGGACAACGUGGACUGUUGGAUGGAAAUCCAGCACGGCAAGGGACCUUGGGCACCGCCGGUCUCGGGAAUAGUACCACUCGGCUCCACCCUCACUUUGGUCGUCGCUAUAAAUGAUUAUCGAGGGGAGUUCGAUAUGCGUGUGAAAUCGUGCGUGGCCUCAGACGGCGGCGGACACACGAUACAGCUGAGCGACGAGUUCGGAUGCGUCCUCAGGCCGAAGAUGAUCAGCCGAUUCCUGAAGGCGCGAGGCUCCGACGACCGGGCGACGGUCAUCACUUACGCGUUCUUCCACGCGUUCAAGUUCCCGGACGCGUUGAGCGUGCACAUCAAGUGCAAGGUUGAGAUCUGUCGUCACGGAUGUUUGGAUCACUGUCAACUGAGCGGAUCUGUCGGCCACUACAUUCAAGAGCGCAAGGAUCAGAUACGACCGCAGUAUCCGCAGACCACAGCACCGCCCACCGUUCACGGCGACGAGACCAACAGUGCCGACAAGAACAACGAAAACGUGGGAGGAGGAGCCGAGCAAGGUGACGGUUCCCUUUACGAUGACAUCAUUCAAGAUGGUGAUGAGAUGACCUCGAUAGGGGGUCACUUCUUGGGAGUCGAGAAGUCAGUACCGAAGGCACAGGCGCAAACAAGCAACCGGCUACCGGCGCCGGUCGUUGAGACACCGAACGAAGAACAUCAGUCGGACGAUGCCGAUCUUUCAAGACCAUUCGUGGAUCCUCCGAGGGUGACGCGGUACGAGAACGAUCAAGAACAGUUUCCUCACGGGCCCCGAAAUCUCGAAGGAGAUAGCGGCGUGUUACCAGUGACACCUCUUUCGUCUCCGAACGGCAGACGAAAGAGAUCGGUCGUGGUGUCCGAUAGGAAGAUCCGCAGCGCCGACGUCGGCGUGAGCGGGUUGUACGAGGUGAUCUCCGAGGCUGAUCUAGCUUUCAGUCCGGACACUCACGCGGAAGCGGUGACCGUUUUCCAAGGUAGAAUACGCGAGGAAGUGGUUUACGGUAUUUGCCUGCCGAUGCCCGGUUUCAGCGCGCUGUUCAUCGUCGUAGCGCUUUCUGCGGUGAUAUCUGCCCUAGUAGCCGGCGCGAUGCUGCACCGGCUGCAGACGCAGCGCGAGGCGGUCGACAGCAGAAAGAACAAUAGACCGGUGCACUCGACGAACGGCUGGUUACCUUACGGGUUGCUACGUGUACGCUGCGCGACGAGACCAGCUCAUCCGGAACAAAUUCAGCAAAAACAAACGAGUCCAGUCGCGGCCACGAGUCCCGCGGUCGAGAGAGGUUGACGAUUCCGAUCGCCGUGACUUUUGUGUUGCUACCAGUGGGACGCGCGGUUGGUGCACGCCCCGCGAAAGACAAUGUGCAAAAUAGUACGCUGUACAAAGUAUUUUAAGUGCGUCAAAUCACGCGCGACUAUAUUUUUCUUCUCUCUCUCUAUUUUUUUAAACAACGAGUCGUGUUCCCCACAAGUAACAAGUAUUCGACGAUUUUUGUUUACUCCGUCCUAUUUCUUAUUUCUCUUAGUCUCACAAAAGAGAACAUUAUGGAAUUGUUGGUAUCGGGUAAGUAAUAAUCGUGCACGAUAAGAUGCGUCAUAGAAAUGUAAAACACAUCGAAUAGUACAAUUCGGCAGAUUUUUAAAAUUUGGAAUUGCGAAUAAUAUCGCUAGCAACAAUCUAGUUCUUUGUUCGACAUCUAAUCGCGUCAAAGACGAGAGGGAACAGAAUGAAGCUACCUUCGCUUACAAAUCCUUAACUUAGAUAAUUCAUGAACGAGAAGACGACGAGAAUCUUUUCUACGAAUCUGUAGAAUACGAAUUAACGCGAUU